ACAUUUAUUUCUAAUUCUCGUUCGCAGACCAGAUCAAUAUUAUAUUUGAAGGAAUUGUUAAUUUGUUCAAAAUGUCAAACACUGCGGAAAGUUCAACAACCAGAACAACAACAAUAACUCUCACAGAAACUAAUAAUCAAACCGAGGAAGUCCGACUUUCAUUACGACAACCGAGACGAAACGUAAACUGGGCAACAGACACCGUUGAUAAUGAAAAUAUGGGAAAGAAAUCGUCAAAAUGUUGUUGUAUCUACAAGAAACCGCGCACUGUGGGUGAAAGUUCAUCAGAAAGCGAGGAUUCUGACGACGAACGAAACCCGUACGAGAAGUCGAAGAAAAAGUCACAUAAACAUAAUAAAGAAUGUGAACACGAUCAUGCAGCCGAACACACACAGCCCAACCCAACUUAGAAUUACAGCGAGCCAAUUUGUUAUUCCUAUCAGUAUUUAUGUUUUGUAUAAAUAAAUGUUUGUAUGCAAAAUACAAGGUAUUAUCAUUA